GCGCGCCGGGUGGGCUGUGGAGUAGGGGGAGGAGGAGGAGGAGGGUGUGAAGCGGAGCGACGAGAUGGCUGCGCCGCCGGCGAGGGCUCGGGCGGACUACGACUACCUCAUCAAGCUCCUCCUCAUCGGGGACAGCGGUGGAUUGGGCCACGCGAGCAACUAGGAUCCUGCAAAGGAUUUGCCUUUGGUGUGCGCUUGUGUGCAUGAUCUGUCUUUCAUGUGAAUUUGGUUUCUGUUCAACCUACAAUAUACAUAAUGCCUACUUGCCUAGUACAUACAGGCAGGAACUACCACUACUGUGCUUUAUGUAAAAAAAAAAGAAAAAGAAGAAGAAGAAGCAAAGUUAGGAGUUAUGAAAAUGGCGAGGAGAAAAAAAAAUGAAUUUCGUGGUUCAGUAAGUUUUUCCUUGGAUGGAAGAACCUUGGAAAUGGUCAACUGGAAUUGCAGGCUUUUCUGAUUAAGCUGAUACUAAGGUUAUUUCGACAGUGUGCAAGGCCAUCUGAGAAACGUUGCACAUAAGCAUGAAGCAAUGCUUUCUUUUUUGGCACUCAAUCAUGCAAUAGGAGAUAGAGUUAAAGAGAGUGUUGGCAAGAGUUGCCUUCUCCUGCGGUUUUCUGAUGGUUCCUUCACUACAAGCUUUAUUACCACAAUUGGUAUUGACUUCAAAAUUAGAACAAUAGAGCUGGACGGGAAGCGUAUUAAGCUACAAAUUUGGGACACAGCUGGCCAAGAACGUUUCCGGACAAUUACCACUGCGUACUACCGUGGAGCCAUGGGUAUCCUGCUUGUUUAUGAUGUCACCGACGAGUCAUCUUUCAACAACAUUCGGAACUGGAUUCGGAAUAUUGAGCAACAUGCCUCUGAUAAUGUCAACAAAAUUUUGGUUGGCAACAAGGCUGAUAUGGAUGAGAGUAAAAGGGCUGUCCCUACUGCGAAAGGCCAAGCACUGGCUGAUGAGUAUGGCAUCAAAUUUUUCGAAACUAGUGCGAAGACAAACCUCAACGUGGAGCAAGUUUUUUUCUCCAUUGCACGUGACAUUAAGCAGAGGCUUGCUGAGACCGACUCCAAGCCUGAGGACAAGACAAUCAAGAUUAACAACAAGACGGAUCAGGGUGCCGACAAACCAGCAGCUUCUGGAUCUGCAUGCUGCGGCUCCUGAGGAGACGUUCGCCUUCUCGGCCUCCAUCGUUUAUUAUUUGACAUUGUUUGUUCCCUGUCUUGCUGUUAUAGGAAGAAUGUCAAGAAGACACACUAUGAUACGGAUCUGGUUGUACCUAUCUUUGCUUCCAUUCUUUGAAGCAACUACUCAUGCUUUUGACGUAGCUGUUGCAAUUGCCUGGGGGGCUACUACUGUACGCUGGAUUUCAAUCCGUUGAACUGCAAGCUACAGUGUGUAACGUAGUCCAUGCUGUAUUGCUAUUGGGUUUUCAGUUAAUCAAUGGAUGCAUGGAAUAGAGUGAUGCUGUUCCUGCAUUUUGGCUCC